AAAAUGAGCGACAUAAUUCACUUGAUAAUCUAGAAGAUUUAACGCCAGAAGGAAUAAUAGAAGAUAGUUCGGAGAAAUGCCUAAGAAAUUUAUAUGCAGAUAAUGAACGGUACGAUUAUGUUAUUUCAAGUCUCCCCGAUCACAAAUUUACCCAAGUUCCAAACGAUAAUUCUACAACAAAUUCAAGCAAUUCAAAUAAUUCAAAUGAAACUAAGCAACUUGAACUUGGACCUUUAUUUCACGAUCAUUAA